GAGCCGAGGGGCGCCGUCCGUCAUGGGGAACCGGGGCAUGGAGGACCUGAUCCCCCUGGUCAACCGGCUGCAGGAUGCCUUCGCCGCCAUCGGCCAGAACGCCAACCUGGACCUGCCGCAGAUCGCCGUGGUGGGGGGGCAGAGCGCCGGGAAGAGCUCCGUGCUGGAGAACUUCGUCGGAAGGGACUUUCUGCCCCGUGGAUCUGGAAUUGUCACCAGACGCCCCUUGGUUCUGCAGCUGGUUAAUGCCACAACUGAGUAUGGUGAGUUCCUGCACUGCAAAGGGAAGAAGUUCACGGACUUUGAUGACAUUCGUCAGGAGAUUGAAGCCGAGACCGACCGAGUCACUGGCUCCAACAAGGGCAUCUCGCCCGUCCCGAUCAACCUGCGAGUUUAUUCCCCUCACGUCCUAAGCCUGUCCCUGGUGGACCUUCCUGGGAUGACCAAGGUUCCAGUUGGAGACCAGCCUCCAGACAUUGAGUUCCAGAUUCGCGACAUGCUCAUGCAGUUUGUCACCAAGGAGAACUGCCUCAUCCUUGCUGUCUCCCCAGCCAAUGCGGAUCUGGCCAACUCUGACGCUCUUAAGAUCGCAAAAGAAGUUGAUCCUCAGGGCCAACGUACCAUUGGCGUCAUCACCAAGUUGGACCUCAUGGAUGAAGGAACCGAUGCUCGGGAUGUUCUGGAGAACAAGCUACUUCCACUAAGGAGAGGUUACAUCGGCGUGGUUAACCGGAGCCAGAAAGAUAUCGAUGGGAAAAAGGACAUUCAGGCAGCCUUAGCCGCAGAGCGCAAGUUUUUUCUCUCCCACCCAGCGUACCGGCACAUGGCGGACCGUAUGGGCACUCCCUUCCUGCAGAAAAUUUUGAACCAGCAACUGACCAAUCACAUCCGCGACACGCUGCCAGGCCUGCGGAACAAGCUCCAGAGUCAGCUGCUGUCGAUCGAGAAGGAAGUAGACGAAUACAAGAACUUCCGCCCCGAUGACCCAGCUCGCAAGACGAAAGCUUUGCUCCAGAUGGUUCAGCAGUUUGCUGUGGACUUUGAGAAACGCAUUGAAGGUUCUGGAGAUCAGAUCGAUACCUAUGAACUCUCUGGUGGUGCUCGGAUCAACCGCAUCUUCCACGAGCGAUUCCCUUUUGAGCUGGUGAAGAUGGAAUUUGAUGAGAAGGAACUCCGAAGAGAGAUCAGCUAUGCUAUUAAGAACAUCCACGGUAUCAGAACGGGCCUCUUCACGCCUGACCUCGCUUUUGAAGCCAUAGUGAAAAAACAGGUGCAGAAACUGAAGGAGCCUUGUCUGAAGUGUGUGGACAUGGUAGUGAGCGAGCUCACGUCCACCAUCAGAAAGUGUAGCAACAAGCUGAGCCAAUAUCCUCACCUGCGGGAGGAGAUGGAGCGGAUAGUGACCACGCACAUCCGGGAUCGAGAAGGGAAGACCAAAGAUCAGGUCAUGCUUCUGAUAGACAUUGAGUUGGCCUACAUGAACACCAACCACGAAGAUUUCAUUGGAUUUGCCAACGCCCAGCAGAGGAGCAGCCAAGUCAGUAAGAAAAAAACGGCGGGUAAUCAGGAUGAGAUCCUGGUGAUCCGCAAGGGUUGGCUUACUAUCAACAAUAUUGGCAUCAUGAAGGGCGGCUCCAAAGAAUACUGGUUUGUCCUGACAGCUGAGAACCUCUCGUGGUACAAAGAUGACGAGGAGAAAGAGAAGAAGUACAUGCUGCCGGUGGACAACUUGAAGGUGCGAGAUGUGGAGAAAGGGUUCAUGUCGAGCAAGCACAUCUUUGCGCUCUUCAACACGGAGCAAAGGAAUGUUUACAAAGAUUACCGUCAACUGGAGCUGGCCUGUGAAACCCAGGAGGAGGUGGACAGCUGGAAGGCGUCCUUCCUGCGGGCUGGAGUUUACCCAGAGCGUGUUGGGGCUGGGGAAUCGGAAGAGAAUGGCUCUGACAGUUUAAUGCACUCAAUGGAUCCCCAGCUUGAGAGGCAAGUGGAAACCAUCCGGAACCUGGUCGAUUCCUACAUGGCCAUCGUCAACAAAACCAUCCGUGAUCUCAUGCCCAAGACCAUCAUGCACCUUAUGAUAAACAACACAAAGGAGUUUAUCCAUUCGGAGCUGCUCGCCAACCUCUAUUCCUGCGGGGACCAGAACACCCUCAUGGAGGAGUCGGUCGAACAAGCCCAGCGGCGUGACGAGAUGCUGCGCAUGUACCACGCCCUGAAAGAGGCCCUGAACAUCAUCGGGGACAUCAACACCACCACCAUCAGCACCCCGCUGCCUCCGCCGGUGGACGACUCUUGGCUGCAGGUGCAGAGCAUACCGUCCGGACGCAGGUCUCCCACCUCCAGCCCCACGCCGCAGAGAAGAGCGCCUGCAGUCCCACCCACCAGGCCUGGAUCGCGAGGACCAGCUCCUGGACCUCCGCCUGCUGGUGGUCCCAGCCUCGGUGGUGCGCCCCCUGUGCCUUCCCGGCCGGGGGCCUCUCCUGAUCCUUUCGGGCCUCCCCCGCAAGUUCCCUCUCGGCCCAACCGUGCACCCCCUGGGGUCCCAAGCCGGCCUGGGAAAGCUAGUCCCUCCCGCCCGGAGAGUCCAAAGCCACCGUUUGACUUGUAAUCCUGCUCUCUUGAGAUCCAUCCUUUAUCUGCCUCUUAGCUGUCCUGUCCUGGAAUGGUCGAACGCACAUCUUAAAACCCACAGCUUUGUUCUGUCGUAGCUUGUGGCUUGCACAUAUCAGAUGCAACUCUAGUGAAACUGGUUUUUUUUCCCCUUCCUCCUGGUUGUUUAAAAGGAACUUUAAACGAAGCCAAUGAGUUAUAUUGUAGUAAUGAAGAACAUCUUUACUGUUAUAUAAAUAUUUAUAAAUAUCUAUAUAUAUAUAUAUAAAGAUCUAAAUCUAUAUGGUGUCCAGAUGUUUUAAGCCUUCAAUGCCUCCACUGUUGAUUUUAGCAAAUACUUGAGUAGGAAGAAUGUGCAUAUAUAUAUAUAUAUAUAUAUAU